UGUGCCAGUCACAAGAUGGCGGCGGCGGAAGUGCCGGUGCGCGGGUUCCGGCUGCAGGCAGCGCAGUGUCAUUGUUGCUCGGGCAGGAUGAUGAUGGGCAGUGAGAUGAGGAUGUUCCCCGGGGGCCCGGCACCGGGAGAGCUGCACUCCUUCCCCGGCCAGGGGCCACACAGACACACGCUGAACCCUAUGGUGACAGGAACCUCUGUGCUUGGUGUAAAGUUUGAUGGGGGAGUGAUCAUAGCAGCGGACAUGCUGGGCUCCUAUGGGUCUCUGGCCAGGUUCCGGAACAUCUCCAGGAUUAUGAAGGUUAAUUCGAACACCAUGUUGGGGGCAUCGGGUGACUUUGCAGACUAUCAGUACCUGAAGCAGGUCAUUGACCAGAUGGUGAUUGAUGAAGAGCUGGUGGGAGAUGGUCAUAAUUACAGCCCUAAGGCCAUUCAUUCCUGGCUGACCAGAGUGAUGUACAACCGGAGGAGUAAGAUGAACCCGCUAUGGAACACUGUCAUACUCGGGGGAUUCUACAAUGGCGAGAGCUUCCUGGGUUAUGUGGAUAAACUGGGCGUGGCUUAUGAGGCUCCGACAAUCGCCACGGGCUUUGGUGCUUACCUGGCACAGCCGCUGAUGCGGGAAGUGAUAGAGAAUAAGCCCAGUCUGACGCUGGAAGAGGCACGCCAGCUGAUAAAACGCUGCAUGAAGGUGCUGUAUUACAGAGACGCCCGCUCCUAUAACAGAUAUGAAAUCGCCACCAUCACAGAGAGCGGAGUGGAAAUUGAAGAACCAAUAUCCUCUGACACCAACUGGGAGAUCGCUCAUCUUAUCAGCGGAUUCGAGUAAGCGACGGCAGACCAGCACGCUUCCACUCCUGCGCAUUUUCCCGUCGUUUCCCAUUCAUCUGUUUUGUAUAUUGAAUAAUAAAUCUGAACGUGUUCUUGAUUAAA